AUGCUGGGCCGGAGGAGCCGCCUGCCCCCCGAGCUGAGCAGCGCCCGGCAGAGGGAGCAGCCCUGCCCGGAGGCCGUGCCCCUGCGGGCCCGGGCAGCCAGGGACUCCAGGGACAGCAGGGACAGCAGGGACACGGAUGUCAGCCUGGAGGUGCUCAGUGGCUCCGAGAUCAAAGCGAGCCGUGGCCGAGCGCAGCAGAUGCGGGACAGGAAAGGGCGCAAGGCCGAGCUCAAGGACCCCAACGGCCGGGAGGCGGAGACCAUCACCUUCAUCUCUGGGACAGCAGAGGCUCCCCAAAACCAGGGCUUCUGCUGCUCCUCCCUGUCUCAGGCCUGGAACACGUACAAGGCUGUUUUCUGUUGCAUAGUGACGUGUGGGGGCUGCUUCCAGGACUGCAGUGUCUGCGUUCCCUACCCAGGGCCCGCUGAGACCUCCACAGAUGAUGGGAAGAAUGGAGACUACAAUGGGCGGCUGCCAAACAGCCCUACCAACACCUCUCCUGCUGAGAAGAACGGGAACCAGAUCAAGAAGUCCAUCAUGGGCAGCAGUUUCAGUUACCCAGACGUGAAGCUGAAGGGCAUCCCUGUCUAUCCAAACAGGAACACCAACCACCACGUGGAAUCUGAUUCCUGCUGCAAGGAGCUGCUGGAGAAGCCCUUCAGGAACAGCAUAGAAAAGCCAGCGCUCCCCAGCAGCCACCGGAGCUCAGAGGAAUAUUAUUCCUUCCACGAGUCCGAUGUGGACAUCAGCGAGCUGAACGGCUCCAUGUCCAGCAGGCAGAUCGACGUCCUGAUCUUCAAGAAGCUCACAGAGCUCUUCAGCGUCCACCAGAUUGACGAGCUGGCCAAGUGCACCUCGGACACCGUCUUCCUGGAGAAGACCAACAAGAUCUCGGACCUCAUCAACAGCAUCACUCAGGACUACAACCUGGACGAGCAGGACGCCGAGUGCCGGCUGGUGCGGGGCAUCAUCCGCAUCAGCACCCGCAAGAGCCGCGUGCGGCCCCACAUCUGCAGCCCGGCCAGCCAGGGCCACCAGGACCCGUCCGGCCGCGGCACCGCGCCCGACAGCGGCAACGAGACCAUGCUGGAGUCCAUGGUCCUCAGCCAGGACGAGCUGGCCGUGCAGAUCUCGGAGGAGACCCCGGCGGAUGUGCUGGCCAGGAACAUGAGGCGGCACAGCAGCGCAGGCUCUCCAACCAGCAGAGAUUCCUCUUUCCAGGACACAGAGACUGACUCGUCCGGGGCCCCUCUGCUCCAGGUGUACUGUUAA